AUGGCGGACCCGUUCGAGGUCCGCAUGCGCUUCAGCUCGCAACUGCAACAUCUCAACGCCUCGGUGAAUUCUGCACAGAAAGCAGCGCAGUAUGCGCUAAAGUACAGAGACAUGGACGAGGACCUGCACUCUUGCAUCCUCGAGCAAGUGGAACGAAACAAUAUGAACACUCGGGCGAACAUCAUGUAUUUCAUCGAGCACUUUCUUGACCUUGCCAAGGAUGGCCACACAGACUACAUCCGCAUGAUGCAACGCGACAUCAUCCGAGUCGUUGACGCUGUUGCUCCCGAUGAUGGCUCCGGUGCGGCCAACGUCAAGGUCGUUCGCAAAGUCCUCCAAGGCCUCCGGGCAAAGGGCCAUCUGGAAUCCCAGGCCGUUAGCCAGAUCGAAGAUGUGUUGAAAGAGCGGGAAACCAACGACGACGACCUCGUCACGACAUCUCCCGCGAAUGAUGUUGGCAUGUUGGAUAGACCUCCGUCACGGACGGCGGCGAAAAAACCUGGUGCCCACCGGCUGGACAAGCGACAGGUUGAGCAACGCAUCGAGGAGGACCGGGAGCGCCACAAACGAGAGAGGGAAAACAUCUGGGCAGUCCCCAAGGGCGAUGACGCGGAGAUGAACAAGCUUUGGGAGGAGACGAGCGACUUUGGCGAGGACGACGAGCGUCUCGUGGCGGAAGAAGAGGAAGAUUUCGAAAAAGAAAUGGCGAUGCAGCAAUGCCCCCACAAGCAAACGACCAACGGGGAUCGACAUUGA